AUGGAGAUUUUGGGUAGAGGUGCCAGCUCAGGCAUUGGUGCGGCAACCUGCAGACUCUUUGCUAGUCAAGGGUACAAAUUAGCUCUAACUGGUCGAAAUUUGGACAAUUUACAGUCUGUCGCUCAAAGUUGUGCUGAUGUAGAGAAAUUAGUUCUCCCAGCCGAUUUGACGAAUGAAAGUCUAACUGACGAAAUUGUUGAAAAAACAAUUAAGCAUUUUGGACGUCUAGAUGUAUUGGUCAAUAAUGCUGGCAUUGUAGCACUAGGUUCUAUUGAAAAUACUAAUUUGGAACAAUACGAUCGUAUCAUGGACAUUAAUGUCAGAUCUAUCUAUCAGCUGACACAUAAAGCAGUGCCACAUUUAAUCAAAACUCAAGGAUCUAUCGUUAACGUUUCAAGUGUUAAUGGCUUGAGAUCUUUUCCUGGAGUUCUGGCUUACUGCAUGUCCAAGAGUGCUGUAGAUCAAUUUACACGAUGUACUGCUCUAGAACUGGCCAGUAAGCAAGUUCGCGUAAAUUGUGUAAACCCUGGUGUUAUUGUGACUAAUAUCCACCAGCGUGGAGGCCUCAAUGAUGAACAAUACGAAAAGUUCUUAGAAAGAAGCAAGACAACCCAUGCAUUAGGCCGCGUAGGGCAGCCCGAAGAAGUUGCUAAUGCAAUUUUAUUCCUUGCUUCGGAUAAAGCUUCCUUUAUUACUGGUGCAGCUCUACCAGUCGAUGGCGGAAGGCAUGCAAUGUGUCCUCGUUGAUUUAAUUCUUAGAUAUUCAUGAUAUGUGUUUCAUCUUCCAAAAAGAUUUUAGCCGUAAAAUCAACUGAUAUGGAUUGAUUACUUUUGCGUUGGUAGAAAUCUUGCGUAGUUGAAUAAGUUUAGUAGUACUACUAUUUUGAUUUCAAACUAGUUGAUGAUGAAAUUUUUAUUUCGAAUAUAUUUGGAUUAGAUUAAUCCAAAGUCAAAUAUUAAACUAUAGAAAUGA